GAGCAAAUUAAAAUUAUCCAGAUGUUAUCAAAUGACAUAAAUAUCAACAGGGGUGGUCCUAUGCUACCAAAAUCUACAAGCGCUGGAGGAGCAAUGAGGAAAACACACAUGGAUGAGCAUUUGCAUUUGCAUACACACCGCUGCUUGCAUUGCAGACCGUUUGAAAGGUUUGUUACAACCAUUAUUAAUAGAGGGUGGUGCGUCAAUCGAUAGCUAGAUAGGCAAGGCAAACAACGCAAUAUACCAAAGAGCUGGUGGGCAUAUGUUUGUAGCAUGAAAUGGUGCCAAAAGGGGCACCCUCAGUGCCUGGUCUUGGCAACCCCGUGAAAUUCCUUUAAGCAAAGUAAGCACGUUUUAUCUAUGACCAUGACAACAAACCAAAACUCAGAUUUUGGGAUAGUUGGAGGGUCAUGGUAGCCAACCUUCUGAUAGAAGAUGGUACCUGAUGAUGAAGCACGUGAAUGCUAAUGGAAUAGUCCAGGACUUUCAGGAAGAUCUAAACAACGUCAGGUAUUUACAUGAUGGAAGCCAUUCAGAAGAGCUUGGUUUUGUCGUCAAUACCGAUAUGCAGAAGAUGAAUGAUGCAUCGAAUGGCUGCAUAACAAUGUCUCUCAGAACUGGUAUGAUCGAUUGAUCGACUUCAAAUCCACAGCAAUUGGGGCGUGGUCAGACCCACAUAGAUUUUUCAUAUUCUUGGAAAAUACCUUUAAAUUAGGUACUGAGGCUAUUUGAGGGAGGCGCUUUUCGAAGGAGCCCUUGUUCGAGUGAGUGUUUAAUCGAGUAAAUAUGGCACUUGCAUCCAUCUCGAACUUUUAUUCAGGUAUCUAUGCAAAUGCUCCUUACGAAACACUGGAAUGUGUCUUUGAAAACGACAAGUAAGCACUAAAAACCAAUUAUCAUUAUUUUUAUUUUUUUAUUAGACGGUUCUCUAGGAAGGAUAGAAUAUUUUGGGGCACUGUUGUUUGCAGUGGCAGAAAUUAUGGGGGUUUGGGGGGCUCGGGCCGCCCAAUCAGCGAUGUGGUCGGAAAAUUUGGGCUUGCGUCGGAUAAUUGACAACAGUUUAAUGUGUCGAAAUUACUCCGAGAAAUCGUUCUAAAAAGGAAUUUUCAGCUAAUCUAAGGGGCGUAAUUUCCAAAAAUUAUGAUCUGCAUUUUCCCUUUUUACCCCCAGAGGCCUAUAUAACCUCUCUGUGCCCUUUUUGCAAAAUUUGAACAUAGCUUAUAAGAAAUCAGCCAGUACUAAAUAAUCAAUCAAACAAUUUAUGACCAAAUUCAAAACUGCUUGUGAAUUGUAUAUUUAAUUUCAAUUACGUACAGUUUAGCCGAAAUUUCCAUCAGAUUGUUCCGAAUAAAAGUUAUUUUCAAACGUAUUUCUUACUGACGAAAACAAAACAAAUUGCAUAAAAUGAACUACCUUGGGUACAUACUCACUCUGUCUCUUAUUUUAUUUAAAGUGAGUCUGGUACCCAGGGUAAAAAUGAACGUACGACGUGUUAAAAGUGUAAUCGGUCGAUCUCUUGUAUCAUCAAUUGUCUUAGAUGAGAAUUUUUUUUUGGAAUUAAGCCUAUUAGAAUGGCUAAAAAUGCAUCUCCCAGACUAAAAAUUAACAAAUUACUAUACCGCUCAGAAUAGACCAUUCGAGAAUUUUCAGAAAACAUCGAUUAUUGAUUUUUAGAAAAACUUUGGGAGGAGAGUAGUCAUGCCAAAACUCUAGUGACAGACGUUGGGGAAAGAAAGGGUGACCAUUGGCAUUGUACGACAAAAAGUAACAAAAAAUAAACAAACAGAACAUAACGGUAAUAAUAUGCAAAGCGAAGCAAACAAAUCAACAGUUUCUGGUGUAUAAUAGUUCACAGUUACUAUGUUUUAAAAACGUUUUCUCAUAUCAUUUUCUGCGUCUUUUUUCUUCCUUUCUUCGAUGUCACUGCUUCAAAAUACUUAAUAUGGACUUGAUUGAGGCAGUAUUCCCUUCAUGUGGAGGGGAAAAAGAAGAGUCAUGAUGGUAUAAAACAUUCAAUCAAAUUUAGCGGCACGUGAGAGCACUUUGCUGAGUGUAAUUUUCUGCUAGUGGGUUGGUUACUCAGGAAUAUUCUGCUAGUGGGUUGGUUACUCAGGGAUAUUCUGCUAGUGGGUUGGUUACUCAGGGAUAUUCUGCUAGUGGGUUGGUUACUCAGGGAUAUUCUGCUAGUGGGUUGGCUAUAUGUGUAUUUCUUGUGCUUUUAUAUCAUCGUACAGAAAGAGAAUUUUCAGGAUCUUAAGCCAUUUCGAGGCCUCAGAGACGGCAAAAUCUCAUGAGUUUCCGGGGGCUCUGCCCCCUGGACCCCUGCCAGGGCCCUGCCCUGGACCCAUUGAGGGGCUUACAGCUCCCCCAGAGCCCCGGUUAUUACAUGCGUGCCUCUGACACGCACUUUGCACAGCCUACCUCUAGAGGUAAUCUUUUUAUCAAACUACCCUGAUUGUGCAGUGAUAAAAUUUCCUCAAAAUAAGGCCUGGUGUGUUCAAGGUGUUGCCCAAACAUUCAUGUGGAACGAUGCAGAACGCUUGGUGGAAUUAUGAUGUUGAUUUUUCAAAGGUUGUUCUAAUAGCAAUGAAUCCUCGCUGUCAAGAAUCGAUUGUUCAAUUUAGAAUCUCACUAUUUUAAUUUUAUUAGGUGUCUGCCCUCUAUUUCUGACCUUCACUUAUGACCUUGUUAAAGGAAUGGUCACGUGUUCACUUCAGUUGUUGUUUUGGUUGGCUGUUUGACAUUGUCUUGUGUUGUGGACUGCAGUAAAGUUUAUUUUAUUCGCUGAACUUUUAUGAGAUAUGGAAUUUGCGUGAAUAAGUGCACGAACGCUACGUAAGCAAUUCUUUCACCAAUUUGGCCAUAGUUGAGGACAAAUGGAAUAUGACUUGAUUUAGGCCAUUAUUUACUUUUCAUUUCGCUGCCUUCAGCUGGCUUCGUUCCCAAAUGUUCUCGAUUAUUCGGCGUUUUCAGCUGCUUGUAGAAGUCCAUGGACCUAGUUUUGGUAGUUUCUUUUUUAAUCUAUUCGCCUGUUUAUCUUAAACUCAAUAAUGUCAAGGAACAAGACAAGGAUAUUUGAGGAAACCGUCUCUUUGUCGUUUGCAAUGGCGAGGAGUGCUCCAACAAGCCCACUUUCAGAUAAGAAGUAUGUGCAUUUUGCUGAGGGUGAAGAUCUUGUAAACAUAAAGACAUUUGUUCCCAGUUACGACGAUCUCGAUGCGCUGAGAAAAGUUUUCUUAAACGAAGUUCCAUUAGAAACAAGAACUCACAACACCGAGAAUGACGACGUAGGUGAAAACGAAACUAAAUUCAAGAAACUUAAAGGAUCGACAACAUUGCUUGCCAGACGAGUUCGUAUCAUCCGUACUCUAAGCAAUGAGAAUGACUGCCUGUCUGCAUGCUAUGACAAGGUACAACCAGAAGAGGUUGAAGCAAAAGUUAAACAGACAAACGUUUGUUUAGCUGAUACAAGACUGAAUGGCAGAACCGUCAGUGGUUUUGUUAUUGUGAACAAUUUGGCCUUCGAGAAAACUGUUAUGAUUAGAUAUACUUUUGAUCAGUGGAAAACAUUUUUAGAGUCUCCAGCCUAUUAUGUCUCAUCAGCAGAUGGUACCAAGCGAGACAAAUUCGGAUUUAAUUUGACAUUUCCAAAUGAUAAGAUUGAAAUGCAUUUUGCAAUUUGGUACAAAGUAGAUGGCAUUGAGUUUUGGGACAACAACUCUGGAAACAACUACAAAAUUGUUGAUUUUAGUUAAAUAAACUUAUUUGCAAUGCAGUUUUUUAAUUUUCAGUAAAUAAAAUAUAUUUGUUUAUACAAUGCACAACACGCUUUCAGCUUGCCAA